AUGGCCUAAUGGCAGUUGACAUACUUAGACUGUAUUGUAACAUUUCUUUUUCAUAAACUGUUUUGAGUUUAUUGAAAAUUCAGUUGAAUUCUACUGAAAUCCUACUCCCGCUUUUAAUUCCUGCCUGUCAGAUUGGAUUUUAACAGAAGAAGUAGCCUGACUUUUGGUUAGUGUUUUUGGUUUUUGGUAGUUAGUAAGAAUUUGUUCGUACAAAACAUAUUUUGUUUUUUGGGAUAUUUUACUACCCCGUACAGUAGGUGGCGGCAAUACACUUUAUGAGUGUAGUCUGCCAAUAAACCUCAAAGAUGAAGAAAAAUCCCUGCCUGUUUGACGCGACUGCGCAUGCUCAGCCAUAUACCCUGGUAACCUCCAACAUGGCGGCGAGAGGCCAUGUGCAAGACCCUAACGACAGGAGACUCAGACCCAUUUACGACUACCUGGACAAUGGCAACAACAAGAUGGCGAUCCAGCAGGCUGACAAACUGCUGAAGAAACACAAGGACCUGCACUGUGCCAAGGUGUUGAAGGCCAUCGGUCUGCAGCGAACAGGGAAGCAGGAUGAGGCGUUUAGCCUGGCCCAGGAGGUGGCCACCCUGGAACCUACCGACGACAACUCACUACAGGCUCUCACUAUACUGUACCGAGAGAUGCACCACCCUGAGUUGGUGACUAAGCUGUAUGAAGCUGCGGUGAAGAAGGUUCCACUCAGUGAGGAGUAUCAUUCUCACCUGUUCAUGGCUUACGCCCGCGUUGGAGAGUACAAGAAGAUGCAGCAGGCAGGGAUGGCUUUGUAUAAGAUCGUUCCUAAGAACCCCUACUACUUCUGGUCUGUCAUGAGUCUGGUCAUGCAGGCCAUCUCUGCGCAGGAUGAGAAGCUGGCCCAGACCAUGUUCCUGCCCCUGGCUGAACGCAUGGUGGAGAAGAUGGUGAAGGAGGAGAAGAUCGAGGCUGAGGCUGAGGUGCAGCUGUACUUUAUGAUCCUGGAGCGACUGGGGAAGUGUGUGGAGGCUCUCGACGUGGUCCGCGGUCCACUGGGAGAGAAGUUGACCAGUGAGUUGUGGAGCAGGGAGAAUAAGUGUAUGAUGAUGUACCAGCGGCUGCAGCUCUGGCCUGAAUGCAACGCUCUGUCCUACAAGCUACUGCUCAAAAAUCCUGAUGAUUGGCAGUUCUAUCUCUCCUAUUUUGACUCUCUCUUCCACCUGAUGGACAAGUCCUGGAGCCAGCCUGAGGAAGGAGAGCACUGUGUGGAGGGCCCAGUGCAGACCACGGUGGCAGAGGCAGUGAAGUUUGUGGUGGACAGGAUGGAGGAGCAGGACAAGAAGGAGUCGCGUCCUCUCAGAGGGCCCUACCUGGCCUGUCUGGAACUCAUACACAGACUGAGACAGAGGGGCUGCCCAGAUGAGAAAGAGCUAGGUGACCCGUUGGAGCUGAUGGUUCAGUUUUUUGGGAAGUUUGGAGACAAACCCUGCUGCAUUACUGACCUGAAGAUAUACCUACACCUUCUGCCCCCCGAGCAACGCUCACAGUUUAAAAACCGUCUGGGGGAGUUGGUUCCGUUGGGGGAGGCGGGUGAGGAUGGCUUUGGGUUUCCGGGGGACACGAAGGCGUUGCAGAGACACCUGUGUGUGUGUCAGCUGAGCCGGGCGCUGGGACUGCAACACGCUCUGGACACAGAGGGCAAGCUACGCCUCAUCACAGAACUCAAAGCCCACUACCACUAUGGACUACAGUUUGGGAAGUCGUGUCUGAAGACAGAGCUCCAGUUCUCUGACAUGUACUGCCUCAUGGCCGCCCACGUCUACAUCGACCUCUGGACAGAAACUGGCGAUGAGAACAUGCUGUGGCAGUCUCUAGGCGUGUUAGAGGAGGGCUUGUCCUUCAGUCCCUCCAACGCCCAGUUCAAACUACUGCUGCUGCUGCUCUUCUGUCGCCUGGGAGCCUUCCAGCCCGUAGUGGACCUCUACUCCAGCCUGGAUGCCAAGCAUGUGCAGCACGACACCAUAGGGUAUCUGUUAACUCGCUAUGCUGGCUCGUUGGGGCAGUUUGCUGCAGCCUCCCAGUCCUGUAACUUCUCCCUCAGGUUUUUUCACUCCAACCAGAAAGAUACCUCCGAGUACAUCAUCCAGGCCUAUAAGUAUGGUGCGUUUGAGAAGAUCCCAGAAUUCAUAGCGUUUAGAACCCGGCUCAACCAAUCGUUGCACUUCGCUCAGGUCCGCACAGAGAGGAUGUUACUGGACUUGUACACCGAGGCUGACGUCACAUUGAGUCUGGAGGAGAGUGUGAAGGCGAUGGGUGUGUGUCCUGAGGAAGAUGAUAUUCCCUGGGACAACAUGAGAGACAACAGAGACCUGACUGUCCUCGUCAGCUGGGACCCCAAGGACAGGGAGCUGACUGAGGAGCAUCGUCGUCUGUCUCUAGAAGAGGAGUCCGUCUGGUUGAAGGUUCGCUCUCUCACACUCCGCCUCCUCGCCUCAUUGGCUCUGCUCGGACACGCCCCCUCGCCACGGAACUCUGAUAAGACCAAUGAGAACGGUAUAUCGGUCAAAAGCUCCACCCUCCAGACCCUACUCUCCCAGCUAGAUCAGGCGCUUGAGACCGCUGCCCAGAUCACAGAGAAACAGACACAGUACCCGUUCCUGGGGCCUCCCUCCUCCCGCCUGGCCACUGCUCUGUCUAGUGGCAGCUGUCACUGUCAGGCCUCUGCUCUGCAACUAUCACUGACUCUACGAGAACUAGAGACCACUGGACUGGACGACUCGUCGGAACUCCAAACCCAGAUCUGUAACGCCUUCAAAUCAUCAGUAGCACAGCUCCGAGAGAUGUUAUCCAGAUGUAAAGGAGAAGUGUUGGAGAUGAAAGACGGCAGAUUGAUGACCCGACCCUCCCUAUUAGAAACGCUGGUCUUCUUCGUGGAGACGGUGUGUGUGUUGCUGUGGGUGGCCAGUUACUCUGCCAGCGUACUGCGACCGCUCAAGUCCAGCCUACAGAAGAAGAAGAAGAAGAAGAAGGACAGCAGCACUGCCAUGCCUGUGGUGCUGUGUGGCUUCCAGGAGUGGACAGGCAGCCUGCAGGGUGUUGUGACCCAGGCUCUGGAUCACGUGAAGGGGCAGGAGGCCAGCCUGACGGCCCUCAAACUAGCAGCACUCACCCUGGAGGAGGGAUACUCACAGACACAGGAGGAGUGUGGGUUUACGAGGGCAGCCAUGGACAAGGUUCAGAGUAGUUAUCUUGGCUCGCUGCAGGAGCUGGGAGAUCUACUGAGGAAGAGAGCCGAUUUGCUGAAGAGCCUCAAGAUCUGACCCGCAUCAACCAUCCCCCUUCAAUCGACAUCUUCAUACCCAACUAUCGCCAUUAUACUGUCACCAUUUAUCGUCUAACUCCACCCACAUCCAAAGCCUUCUCCCCUUGCUCGUGUCAAAGGAGGGCUGCCUGCCACCAACACACCCUCUCUUUCACUUCAUCCCCUUCCCUCUCCUUUUCCACAUAUCCCUCGGUCUGGGUGUCUUUAUAUAACACAGGAUUCUCCCCUCCCUCCCGCCAUUUCUCACCCCGAGAACCAUCACUGCUCUCGCUCAGCACAGAACCACAGUUUGUGAUAACAUCACAGAGAAGCUCCUCAAAGAUACUACAGCAACAGAUAGACAAACAAAAUAAGCAAUUUUAGAACUACUCCAAUAAUUGACUGUACAUAGUCUGCAGAUGACACAUCAACUCCUUGACUGAACGUGACUGAAAUGAGAUAUAAGCUACCCCUUAGUUUUUUCCUUUCUCUCCAGUCUGUUGUUUCCAUGGUGAAGCCCAGUUAGAUUAGAAUAUAUGCACCUCCUUUUUUCCAUGUUGGACUCCUCACUCCCCCAGCCUGAUCUGGGUGCCCAAACAUGGACACUGUUGUCAAUCACUCUUCUGCUCAUAAGAACAAAUGGGGUGGAUAUGGUGCUUAGCUUACUGUAUGAAAACAAAGGACAGCUGAACAAAGACGGUUUUUAACGAAUUGUACACGCAAGGAAAGCUGAACGCUGGGCCAACUCGGAAAAGCCUCAACUGUUUCUUGCAGGAGUGCACAACUCCAGUGAUUUCAGGCCUCGCCUUUUAGCCAGUAACCUGAGAAGCCAGCUGUGUGCGCUCUUCUACGGGCAGCCAGUGACUGAAUGGGUCAGUAAAGAGCUGGGGAGAACUGAAGACAGCCCUGGAGGACCGGAGGUGUGUACCUCUGGGUGUGGUGCACUCUUGGUUAAUUAAUCUCCCUGCUCCCCACCAAUCAAUGCCUGUCUGAUUUCAGUCCUCAAUCCCAAACUCCUUUUUAACUUGGUCAUUGUUUUCUUUAUUUUAUUUUUUCAUUUUGUUUGAAACCCCCUUUGUGGUUAUUGGAAAGCCAAAUAAAAAAAGCAAUCACGGGACAAGAUUAUAAUGAAUUUGAAAAUACAUCCAGUAUCUAAAAUGUAUUUGCAAGCGCUUCUUUUUGUAUUUUGUGUCGGUGCAAAGAAGUGUGUGUAGCUCGCCUGGUUUAGCUAACACCUACAACAGAGUGGAUGGUUUGUUUUAACACCGUAGGAGAGAAACCUGACAGUCAUUUCUCUGAAUAAACGGGUAGAACGGCUAAAACCCAAAGUUAAGAUAUCUAAAUGCAAAGGAGACAAGACAACCAACCUGUCAGAUUGCAAUGAAGAUGGGAAAUGUGUUGAAUGUCCUUUGUUGUAGAAAACACCUAGUCUCUCUCCUAUCUUGUCAACGGUUAUGAGCUGCACUGAAUCGCCCCAUAAUUAAUUUCACCAACCAAAACUGUCACUAACUAUAUACCAAAAAUGUGGCUCUGUUGCUAUGGCAUUUCAACUGACAGCUAGACCUACACCAAGCAGGGCGAGGAGACUUGUAUCAGACACAUCACGGGUAUGUUCAGUAGCAUUGUGGAACGUUCAGAUAAAAUACAUUGUGCAGAGCAGGCGUCUAACAUGUAGAGUGAGGAAUCAUGUCCUCUGUAGUCAUGACUAUUAUCUGCAACGUUCAUUAGUACUGUUGUACGACCCCGAGCGAGGCAGACGAAACUAGCAGAUGUUUAGUGCCACGACCACCAGGGGGCACUGAAAGACUAUCCAAUGCAGGCAGCAGACUGACUAAUAUUGAAGUAUAUGCUUUGGCUUAGUUUGAUUUGUAGGUAGUUUAGCUUUUCCUUCUUUAAAACAAGACAUGGAUGGAAGGGGAGCAACAGUUUGAUCCUCCUACAAAAUACAUCCCUCUAAAGAUGACCUUCGGACGACUCGUGCCCAAAUCCCCGGAUGGAUGGACCCGCUCUAGAGGCUGUUAGUGGACUGAGUAGAACUUAUGUUGAUGUGCAGAGAAGUGGUCGACAAUCUGGAAUGUCAUCUCACUUGAUACCCACCUAGUCUUUCUUUUGGUAGAAAAUGGAAAACAAAAAACACUGGAAUGUCAAAAGGAUUUUUUUUUUUUUAAUGAAUAAAUCUGUUUUGUUUCAGUCUUGUA